AUGAAAAUUACAACAUCAAAGAACAAUCCAAGCUACAACCUUGAGCAGGGAAGUGCUUAUUACGAUUACAACAACUACACUAUUCCACUUGGAAACAUCUCCAACUACAAGAUUUCUGGAAGGCUGGGAAGGGGAAAGUAUUCUGAGGUCUUUGAAGGAAAGACUGUUAAAGAAGAGAAAAUUGUCAUAAAGGUACUAAAGCCCAUCAAAGUAGCAAAAAUAAACAGAGAGGUGCUUAUUCUAAAGCACUUGUCACAUAAGAACAUCAUCCCCCUGAAGGAUGUAGUUUUUGAUCCGGAUUCUGAGACUUACUCAUUAAUCUUCGACUAUAUAAAGCACCAAGAUACCAGUGUUCUCUUCGAAAAGCUCAAUUUGAGUAGCAUUAGAUUCUACUGCAGACAGAUUCUUGAGGGUCUGCAGUAUGCCCACUCAAGAGGCAUCUUUCACAGGGACAUUAAGCCACAAAAUAUGAUUGUAGACUCAUAUACAAAACAGUUAAAACUAUUAGAUUGGGGACUGGCCGAGUUCUAUUUGCCAGAAUAUGAAUACUCUGUACGUGUAGCAUCGAAAUACUAUAAGAGUCCCGAACUUCUUGUUGGAUACCCAUACUAUGACUACUCUCUUGAUAUUUGGUCGUUUGGAUGUAUUUUAGCUGAAUUGAUUUUCAGGAAGAGACCGUUUUUCUAUGGAAAUAGAAGUGGAGAUCAGAUUGUUGAGAUUGUAAAGAUUUUGGGAAAGAAAGACCUGAAAGAGUAUUAUUAA